AUGGAAAGGCUGUUCAUACACAAAGUCUCUCGUUUCCUCCUCCCUUCCUCCUCCUGUUCAUGUCACGCCAAAAAUAUCUCAGAUGUAGUAGAGAACUCCAUGACUACUACCUCCCGAAACCUCCAUGAAACUGCACCUCCCAAAAAUCCCAAUAAGCAUAAGAAAGCUGCUGCUUUCUUAUUAGGGCUUUCUCCGGCUGCUAUUAAUGAAGGAAGAAGAUGUCCGCCUGUGACACCUAUCUCAGUCGUUGAUUCGCAUUUAGAGGUCUCCAAUAAUAGCUCUAAUGGCGGAUGGUUUAGCAGCGAGGAGGUGGAACAAGAACAAGAAGAAGAAGGCGAAACCGACGACGACACGUUUUUUAGCUUAUCUUCUACUUCUUCCCGGUCUUUUACCCACCCUAAAACACCCAGAAGAAGCGAGAGUGAUCUACAAGUGGAGUUUGAUUAUUAUUACAGCAGCAACUUGUGGAGCGAUCGCCGGAGGAAAACCUCCAAGGCUGGCCGGAAAAAAAGGACGAGCCGGCAAAGGAAAGGGAAGACAACGAUGAUGAGCUCGGAAAUGGGAUAUUAUGAUGCGAUAGAGAAGAGUACAAAUGAUCCUUACAAUGACUUCAGGACAUCAAUGGUGGAGAUGAUUGUGGCGAAGCAAAUCUUUGGAGCAGAGGAUCUGCAAAGGCUGUUGCACUGCUUUCUUUCUUUCAACUCAUCCUACUUCCACCGUAUCAUUGUUGAGGUUUUCUCAGAGAUAAUUGAAACCUUGUUUAGUCAAUGA